AUGGAUCCAGGUGGUGGAAGUCUUGGAUUGCAAACACAGGAACCCAAAAUGCCUCACACUAUGAUUAUGCAGGAUUUUGUGGCUGGAAUGGCUGGCACUGCUCAUAUUGAUGGAGACCAUAUUGUUGUAUCAGUUCCCGAAGCUGUUCUAGUUUCUGAUGUCGUUACUGAUGAUGGAAUAACUCUUGAUCAUGGCUUAGCAGCUGAAGUUGUCCAAGGACCUGACAUCAUCACUGAAACUGAUGUUGUAACAGAAGGUGUAAUUGUUCCUGAUUCUGUUUUGGAAGCUGAUGUUGCUAUUGAAGAAGCAUUAGAUACCAGUGAUCAUGUUUUGACUACUGAUCUAAUAACAGAAACUGUUAGAGUUCCCGAUCAGGUUUUUGUGGCUGACCUUGUUACGGGUCCUGAUGGACAUCUGGAGCACGUGGUGCAAGACUCUGUGUCAGGAGCCAACUCACCUACAAUGGUUUCAGAAGAAGUUCUUGUAGCGAACUCAGAUUCUGAGGCAGUCAUUCAAGCAGCUGGUACUGUUCCUGGCUCCACAGUGACUAUAAAAACAGAAGACGAUGAUGAUGGCAAGAGUACAUCUGAAGACUACUUAAUGAUAUCUUUGGAUGAUGUUGGAGAAAAAUUGGACCAUAUAGGAAGCACUCCCUUGAAAAUCAGUACUGAGGUGACAAAUGAUGAUGUUGCUAAAGAUGACGGGUUUGGUUCAGAAGUUAUCAAAGUGUACAUAUUUAAAGCUGAAGCUGAAGAUGAUGUUGAAAUAGGUGGGACGGAAAUUGUCACGGAGAGCGACUUUCACAAUGGACAUUCUGUAGCUGGAGUAAUUGAACAAGGAGGUGUUGGUAGAAUGCAGCGAGAAAAAAUGGUUUACAUGGCUGUUAAGGACUCUUCUCAGGAAGAUGAAGAUAUUAGCUGUGCUGAAAUAGCAGAUGAAGUGUAUAUGGAAGUUAUAGUAGGUGAAGAAGAAGCUACAUCACUUCCAGACACACAGCUUGAAGACUCUGGCGUGAACAAAACUUUUGUCCCUGUUGCUUGGGCUGCUGCUUACGGAGAUGAAAGAAGGCUACCCAGAAGAUACGAAGAUGGUCAAGCGGCAGGAAAUAACUUGGAUACACGAUUAGAAAACAAAAACGGUAAUGCAACACAAUACCUGCAGAUUUGUGAUAGCAUUAGCACUAGUAGAGUGCUAAAACAAAAAACCAAGAAAAGGAGGAGAGGAGAGGCCAGGCAAUGGCAAACAGCUGUUAUAAUAGGUCCUGAUGGACAGCCCUUAACAGUUUACCCUUGUCAUAUUUGUGGGAAAAAAUUUAAAUCCAGAGGAUUCUUGAAAAGGCAUAUGAAGAACCAUCCAGAUCAUAUGAUUAAGAAGAAAUACCAGUGUACAGACUGUGACUUUACAACUAACAAAAAAGUAAGUUUCCACAAUCAUCUGGAAAGCCAUAAGCUUAUAAAUAAAGUUGAUAAAACCCAUGAGUUUACAGAAUAUACAAGAAGAUACAGAGAAGCCAGCCCGUUGAGUUCUAAUAAACUAAUACUGAGGGACAAGGAGCCUAAGCUACACAAGUGCAAAUAUUGUGACUAUGAGACUGCAGAGCAGGGACUACUCAACAGACAUCUGCUUGCAGUUCACAGUAAGAACUUCCCUCAUGUGUGUGUGGAGUGUGGGAAAGGAUUCCGCCACCCAUCAGAGCUGAAAAAGCAUAUGAGGACCCACACUGGGGAAAAGCCAUACCAGUGUCAGCACUGUGUCUUCAGGUGUGCUGAUCAGUCCAAUCUGAAAACUCACAUCAAAACCAAACAUGGGACUGAUUUGCCGUUUAAAUGUGAGCACUGUCCCCAGGCGUUUACAGAUGAAAAAGAACUGCAGCAGCACACAGAAUUAUUUCAAGGGCAUAAGACUCAUCAGUGUCCACAUUGUGACCAUAAGAGCACCAACUCAAGUGACCUGAAGCGACACAUUAUUUCAGUUCACACAAAGGAUUUUCCCCACAAGUGCGAGGUAUGUGAAAAAGGCUUCCAUCGUCCAUCUGAGCUCAAAAAGCAUAGUGAAACACAUAAAGGUAAAAAGAUACAUCAGUGUAGACACUGUGACUUCAAAACAUCAGAUCCUUUUGUACUUAGUGGGCAUAUCCUCUCAGUUCACACCAAGGACCUGCCUUUUAAAUGCAAAAGAUGUAAAAGAGGAUUUAGGCAGCAAAAUGAACUUAAGAAGCACAUGAAGACCCACAGUGGAAGAAAAGUUUAUCAAUGCCAGUAUUGUGAAUAUAGCACUACGGAUGCGUCAGGCUUUAAACGGCAUGUAAUAUCAAUACACACAAAAGACUAUCCCCAUAGGUGUGAGUAUUGCAAAAAGGGAUUCCGUAGACCAUCCGAAAAAAAUCAGCAUAUAAUGAGGCACCACAAAGAGGCCAUAAUGUAAUAUAGGAGCUCGAGAAGGAAGCAAUUUAGAAACUGUGAUAUGCUAAUUGGGG